ACACAAGGCAGCAGAGUAUAGGAUUUGUAGCGUUCAAGCGGCCGCUUACCAGCGAUAGUUUAAUUUCAAAGAAAUGGCGGCAUCAUCUUCCAUGGCGGCCACCGCCGUUUUGAUCCCACGUGUUCCCACGGCCGUAAGAACCAUCCGCUGUUCUGCCUUGCUGCCCCUCCCUCCUAGCGUUUCCGCUGCUCCAUUUUCCUCGUCCGUAAAACUAAUUCCAGAAUCCCGGAGGUUUCCUUUGCUCCAAACAAAAGCCACAGAGGAGAGCUCUGUUGAUGCUGGGGAGCUUUUCUCUGACUUGAAAGAAAAGUGGGAUAAAGUUGAGAACAAGUCCACAGUUAUUCUUUAUGGUGGCGGGGCAAUAGUUGCUGUUUGGCUCUCAUCUAUUCUUGUUGGUGCCAUUAACUCAGUCCCUUUGCUCCCGAAGAUAAUGGAAUUGGUUGGACUUGGAUAUACAGGAUGGUUUGUCUACAGAUACCUUCUCUUCAAGUCAAGCAGGAAAGAACUAGCUACCGAUAUUGAGGAACUGAAAAAGAAGAUUGCUGGAACUGAAUAGAUUCAGAACAUUGGCAAUGGCAUAUGCUACCCUGUAAAAGAGACGCCUUUAUAUUUGCCCUGUUCCUGGAAUAAAAGCUUCGUCAAUUCUACGUGUAUGACUACAAUUUCCUGGUACAAAAAAAUGCCAUAUUUAGUGCAGAGAAAGUAGCUCAUUUCUUCCA